AUGACUUAUUCUCACGCGACAACGUCGAGUACAGACAUCUACGGCCCCGGAACCUUUGUGGAUAAGGACUUCCUCCCCGCGCCGCAGGAUGCUAGUCGCAUUUUCGAGUACAUCGCCAAACGGACGCCUGGGUUCACCAAGGACGCAGAACUAUGGAAAACCGUCAACUUCAUUGGCAGCGAGCUGCCCGUUAUCCCCGGCCCAUUCAAAGCGCCUCUUGUCGCUUCUGCCCUACACGCUAUGUGCGGCAUUGUCGCGCACGAGAUUGUCGAAGACCGCGACGGCACUACAGCCAGCACCCAGAAGGUCACAGUGAAUACCGAUCAUGCAGCGAUCUGGCUGGGGACAAUCUUCGCCGCAUCCGUCGAGGGAAAGGAUAUGUCUGAGCUAGUCCGGUCAGGGAAGCUACCCACGCUCUUCGAUCGUGAUUUUGAGAAAGGCUGGCAGGCAACCCCCCUCAGACAACGAUCGACAGCCAUCUACAAGACCAAGACACCGGGCGUUUGGUAUCAGAUUCACGGCUCCUUGGACGCGGCACCCGUCCUGCGCGCCUUGGGAAUGGAUCCUGAGUAUCCAGCCAGGACCUCGGAUGAAGCGUACGAGUAUAUCAGCAAACAUGUCGAGCAAUGGACGGCAGAUGAGCUGGAGAUUCUGAACGUCGAGAACGGGUUCUGUGGUAGUAUCUGCUUCACGCCACAAGGGUGGUCAGAUACCAUGAUGGGAAAGAGACUUGCAGAGCACCCGCUGGUCGAUUACUCGCGUCAAUCGCAUGCUAUUCCAACCCCUCCUGUUCCUCAUGCCAAGGUCGCCAAUGAUAAGCGUCCGCUGGCAGGAAUCAAGGUCGUGGAGCUGGUUCGUAUCAUUGCUGGUCCUGUUAUCGGUAGCACCCUUGCUGCGCUUGGUGCGGAUGUCAUUCGUGUCAAUUGCAGUCGCCUGGUGGAUCUUAACGUCUUGCAACUUACCUUAAACGCCGGAAAGCGCACCAUCGAUAUUGAUCUCACGAAGGAGGAAGACAAGACGCGACUACGCGAAUUCAUCAAGGACGCCGAUGUUUUUGUUCAAGGAUUCCGCCCCAACGCGAUCGCGCGGAAGGGCUUCGGUGUCAACGAUCUCCUCGAGAUGGCCGGUAACCGCGGCAAGGGCAUCGUGUACGUUGAAGAGAACUGCUACGGUCCCGACGGCCCGUACCAUGAACGACCGGGCUGGCAGCAGAUCGGCGACGCAGCAUCCGGGUCAUCAUAUGUCAUGGGCCGCUCCCUAGGAUUUACAGACGGGACUAGCGUUCUCCCUCCACUGCCCAUCUCCGACAUGACCACGGGUCUGGUGGGUGCAUUGGGAGCGCUGAUGGCACUUCGGGAUCGGGCACGACACGGCGACUCGUAUCGGGUCACAAGCUCGUUGGUGAAAGCCGAUACGAUCAAUCUGGAGCCGGAGAUCGGGCUAUACUCGCCGGAGGUGGUAGAACGGAGCAGACAAUUGUUCAAAUGGGGUCACAUUGGACCCUCGCAAUUUGUGACGGAGAUUCUGCUCGUUGUCAUGGAUGGCUGGAAGAGUGUCUUCCCUCAGUACUUUGAGUCUGGUCCUGAGUCGCUCCUUACUAGCUUCCAGGAGGGACCAUGGGGUCGCAUGGAACUUCUGAAGCCCGUGGUUCAGUUGGGUGAUGCUGGUGUCACGCCUCGUUGGUUGACACCUUCCGUUCCUAAUUGCUAUCAUGAGCAAAGCAUUGAGUGGCUCUAA